AAUUAAAAUUAAUCGGUCGGUGGGCUCAUGGUGGGCUACAUCAUCUGAACUUUAAAUUAAUUCAUAUUUUUUCAAGCUUAAGGGAGAUUUUUGAUAUUGUAGUAAAACAAGAGAGCUUUUGUGUUUAUAGUUCGAAGAACGUAUAUAAGUAAACAUGUGGAGUGAUUCGUUGUUAAUUGUUUUCAUUUCGAUUUGUACGGCCUUUUUAGGAGAAGGCUUGACAUGGAUUCUUGUCUAUAGAACAGAAAAAUAUCAAAAACUUAAGGUUGAGGUGGAGCGACAAAGUAAAAAAUUGGAGAAGCGCAAGGAGGCCCAUGGUGACUCAUUGGACAAACAACAUAAGAAGAAGAUUGAACGUGAAGAGGAGAGGCUUAAAAAUAACAACCGGGACUUGUCUUUAGUGAAAAUGAAGUCAAUGUUUGCCAUAGGCUUUGCUUUUACGGCAUUGCUUAGCAUGUUUAACAGUAUAUUUGAUGGAAGAGUAGUAGCCAAGCUGCCUUUUUAUCCCAUUUCAUGGAUUCAAGGACUAAGUCACAGGAACUUGCCAGGAGAUGACUUCUCUGAUUGCUCAUUUAUUUUCUUGUACAUAUUGUGCACUAUGAGUAUAAGGCAAAAUAUCCAGAAAUUGCUGGGAUUUGCGCCAUCCCGUGUGGCGUCAAAGCAGGGUGGAGCUCUGUUUGCAGCUCCACCAGCACAGUUCAAGUAAAUAGGGACUAAAGGUAGUUUCAUAAUAAAUUUUAUUGUUAUUUUCCGUUAUUAAUAGUAGUGCUGAUAAUUUAUAAUAUUACCUAUGAUAGAAAUUCAGACACAUUAUUCAAAUUAACAGGUAUAGAAGUGGUGGAAAUUACUAUAUUAUUUAUUACAUUUUGAUACAAAGUUUCUGUUGCUAAAUUACAGCAUCAGUAUAUGUUAAUUGAUAGGUUUACUAAACUUAUUGUUAUUUAGGUUUGUAAAAUAAGUUGGUUCAAUUUAUUUAUGUUAAUAAAUUUUCUAUACAAAAUA